AUGUCGCAAAGAUAUUGGCGAGGCGACGGUUAUCUCUCAGUACCAAACUUUAUUCUGCGCAAAAGGUCUGACAGGCAUUAUUUGGGUACAGUCAUGUUGAUGUCCGGAUUUGUUGUUGAUAUCGACACACGUACGUUGACGUCUGACACCCUGAAUGGUGUUCAUGUCGGCCAUUCACAGUCAAACUCCUCUAAUGCGCACUCAAAUUCGUCGGUAACAUUGACAGAGCGACCGAUAACCGCAUACACGUCAUACCAACGACCUGGGUAUGAUCUCCCCCUGGCUCAUGGAAUACCUUUGCGCAUCUUGGCCCUAGGCGCCUCAACAACCCGAGGCGAUAGCGUGGCGGAGGUGGAUAAUAACGGGUUUCGAAGACCGCUCAGACAAAGAUUGACGACCCUGGGUAAUAAAGUAAACUUUGUCGGCACAGAGAGGCUUGGAAAUAUGACCGACAAUGAUAUUGUUGCAGGACCAGGAGUCCGAGUGGACACUAUCCAUGGAAUGGCCGAACAGAUUGUGUCUAAGAGCAAACCAAAUCUUAUUCUUGUUAACGCAGGCACAAACGAUUGCUUGAUGCAUGUCGACAUUGACAACUUUUACAAGCGUUAUGACAAUCUGGUGCAGUACCUUCUCAUGGCUUCACACAAGGCGACCCUUGUUCUUGGAACACUGCUGCCGACCUGGAAUACUCAGUUCGACGGAAGGGAAGACGUGUUUAGGGUCAACCCUCAGAUCCGCAGAUUGGCAAAAAUCUAUCAGAAGCAGGGAUUACCAGUUGUUCUUGCUGAGAUGCAAGGACCCGAUGGCAUUCAGGAUGAGAAUCUUGCUGAGGAUGGCAUGCACCCGGCAACUGCGGGAUAUGAAAUGAUGGCCACGAAACUGUUCGAGGCCAUAGUCGAGGCCGAUGCCAGAGGAUUUUUGCAGCCAGCUGAAACGGUUCCCUGGAUUUCAGAUGACGGCGAAGAGGGUAGGAAAGACGAAUCCAACUACCAAAACUGGUACAAGCAACAACGAAACCUGGAGACCGAAUGGAAAGCGCGCGAGGAGUCAGAGAUGGCUAAGAUGGAGGCCGAGCUCGAGAUUAUGAGACAACAACGCAAGGCGUCUGGACAGUGA